UCUGGCGGCGGCGGGGGGCGGCCCUCCGCCGGGGCGGGAGGAGCGGCGGGUCGGCGCAGCCCCGCCGCCGGCCGGGGCGGGCAGAGCCGGCGCGGCGCGCAGGGGAGAGGCGGCCCGAUGGGGCGGCCGGUCGGCAGCCUGGCCCCGCUCCGGCUGCUGCUGCUUCUGGCGUUGGGGCACGCCUGGACCUACCGGGAGGAGCCACAGGACGGCGACAGGGAGGUUUGCUCCGAGAACAAGAUCGCCACCAGCCGGUACCCCUGUCUGAAAUCCACGGGCGAGCUCACCACCUGCUUCAGGAAAAAGUGCUGUAAGGGUUAUAAGUUUGUUCUUGGACAGUGCAUCCCUGAAGACUAUGAUGUCUGUGCUGAAGCUCCCUGUGAACAGCAGUGCACAGAUAACUUUGGGCGAGUCUUAUGCACUUGCUACCCUGGGUACCGCUAUGAUCGGGAGAGGCACAGGAACAGAGAGAAGCCAUACUGCCUGGAUAUCGAUGAAUGUGCUACAAGCAAUGGGACACUCUGCCCUCAGAUCUGUGUCAACACCAUGGGCAGCUACAGGUGUGAGUGUCAUGAAGGCUAUAUCCGGGAAGAGGAUGGCAAGACAUGCACCAAAGGAGAUAAAGCUGGACUUCCUGAGAAACCUGAAAACGUGGCAAAACCAGGGACAUGCUGUGCCUCCUGUAAGGAAUUUCAUCAAAUAAAGCAGACAGUUUCACAACUGAAGCAAAAGGUUGCUCUGCUGCCCAAUAAUGCUGCUGAUCUUAGCAAGCAAAUCACUGGCGAGAAAGUGCUUGCGUCUAAUGCAUAUAUCCCUGGCCCCCCAGGCCAGCCUGGCCAACAAGGCCCUCCAGGGGCUCCAGGACCAAAAGGAAGUCAAGGAGUUCCUGGGUCACCUGGACCUCCCGGACAGCCAGGCCCUCGUGGAUCAAUGGGACCUAUGGGCCCAUCUCCAGACAUAUCACAUAUUAAGCAGGGCAGACGGGGCCCUGUGGGCCCUCCAGGAGCUCCAGGGAGAGAUGGUAGCAAGGGGGAGCGAGGUGCACCAGGACCAAAGGGGAUACCUGGCCCACCAGGUUCAUUUGAUUUCCUGUUGCUGAUGAUGGCAGACAUCAGAAAUGACAUCACUGAGCUGCAAGAAAGAGUGUUUGGACACAGGACUCAUUCAUCAACAGAGGAGUUUCCGUUACCUCAGGAAUUUACAAACUAUCAUGACACAGUAGAUUUUGGCUCUGGAGAAGACUACAAACCACAGACAGCACCCAGAGCCUCCAGAAUACAGAAGGCAGCUCAUCCUUAGCUACCCUUACUGAAAAAUAGUGUCCCUUUAGAGUUCUUCAAUAUAAAAAUGCACUGACAAUGGUAAAAAAAAAAAAAAAAUUAUAUAUAUAUUAUUUCCCAGUUUUCUCUCUGCUUUUCCUCAGCCAUGCUGCCUGUACUAUAGCUUUCCUGAUUUGUGGUAACCUCCUUGCAGUAAUUCCGUACCUUCAAGCCUGCACUGUGCGUUGUACCUAGACUAUCAAGAAAACCUUCCUAGUGUAUAAUAGAAUUAAGGCAUGCUCAAGCUAAUGGCACAGACUACAACUUUUCAUCUGCCUACUUUGCAUUCUAUGUCCAAAUGACCCAGUACCUAAAUUUUGCCAGGGGUAGAGGGCUAUCUGAACAUCAUAUCUGAAUGAUGUCAGUAACAAAAGCUUUAGUCAACAGUUACCUUAUACCACUGAGCUUAAGUCUCUAGCCACUGUCUCGAGGCUUAGGUGAAUGUUUAAAACCUGGAUCCCUUUUCCACAUCAGAUGCCAGCUCUAAAUGAAAAGUAUCUUAUUCUAUCAUGCCCCACCAUGGCA